GGCGGGGAGCCCGUCAUGGGUGAAUCCGCCGCCGCAACUGCAUCCCUUUUCCAAAGGCGGCGGCGGGGGCGAGGUGGUACGGUCACUUUUCCCAGAGGUCUAAAGGGCAGCGCGCGUUUUCUCUCUGGGCCGCCCUCCCCCCACCUCCCGCCAGCACCCCCGUUCCCCGCGGCGCCCGGCCCCUGGCUGCGCAGACCCCUCUUCAGUCUGAAGCUGUCUGACACAGAGGACGUCUUUCCGCGCCGCGCGGGGCCGCUCGAGGUCCCGGCCGACAGCCGCGUGUUCGUGCAGGCGGCCUUGGCCCGUCCCUCCCCGCGCUGGGGCCUGGCCCUGCACCGCUGCUCAGUGACGCCGUCCUCACGCCCGGCCCCGGGGCCCGCCCUGGCUCUGCUGCGCGAGGGCUGCCCCGCCGACACCUCUGUCGCCUUCCCGCCACCGCCGCCGCCGAGCCCGGGUGCCACCCGCCCCGCGCGUUUCAGCUUCCGCCUGCGCCCGGUCUUCAACGCCUCGGUGCAGUUCCUGCACUGCCAGCUGAGCCGCUGCCGCCGCCUCCGGGGAGUCCGCCGGGCGCCUGCGCCUCUGACGCCGCCGCCGCCAUCGCGGGUGCGCGGGCGCAGAGCUUGGAAUCCGGGCGCCGGGGUCCUUCGGGCACUGGGCACGAGCGACUCUGGCAGUGGAAAGGGGAUACUCUUGGGGUCUGAGGAUCUGGAGUGUCUGCCUCAGGACGAGGCGUGCGCCGGCACUGGCAGUGGCAGCGCCGAGGGUCUGGCUGCCGACGGCCCCCACCUGCACACGCUGACGCAGCCUAUCGUGGUCACCGUGCCGCGGCCGCCCCCUCGGCCGCCCAAGAGUGUCCCCGGCCGCGCCGUGCGCCCUGAGCCUCCCGCGCCGGCCCCUGCGGCCCUGGAACCCGCGCCAGUGGUGGCGCUGGUGUUGGCAGCCUUCGUGCUGGGCGCCGCACUGGCUGCCGGGCUGGGCCUCGUCUGCGCGCACUCAGCGCCCCCGGCUCCCGGCCCGCCCGCGAGAGCCUCGCCCAGCGGUCCCCAGCCCAGAAGGCCCCAGUGAGGAAGACCGAUGGAAGAGGUCAGUGGUCUGCUGGGAAGGGAGGUGGCCCGCGUAGCGUCCCCUCUCUUGCUGAGCCUCAGCCACCCCUCCCAGAGAUGGUGCGCCCCCAACGUGGUCCGGAGAUACACCCAGCUACCGCUUCGGGACCAGGACCAACAGGACCGGACCCGCCUCCCUGGACCUCGGACCUGAUGGGGCCACGACCCCGGUGCUUCUCUCCUCCCCGUCCCUCCCACCCACCUGUGCUCAAAAUAAACCUCUGGAUUGACCGGCUAA